AUGCAUCUAGCAUCUGCCAGCAAUAAUCAAAUUAGUCGAAACACUACUGCCAUCUACAUACCCUCGGCCCAUAGGCGCUCCUACCAAACCCGAGCUCCUGCCACCCUCAACCAGUCAGUCAGCGGUAUUGCUCCAGUGCGUCAACCUUUCGGGCCUACCCGAGACGGCUUCAACUAUAACACAAAUCGCCUUCGGAAAAGGGAAGCGAAAAACCACCAAUUCAUGGCCUCAGCUCAGUGGAGAGCAACACGGCCCGCCGCAAGCGUCGCAGCAAUUCACACCACACCAGGCGGAGGUCGGAUUCCUCCAAUAGACAUGGAGAGAAUGAUGGAGCAUUUGCUAGAAGGAGCAGUUUACUCAUCAGAAAGUGAGUUCAAGCCGACGAGAAUGGCUUUAGAAAAGAGAGGUUUUAUCCAGCCGCGCUCCGACAAUGACUCUGUCAGUAACCCAUACAAAGGGGACAAGAAUUCGGGGUCUUUUAAAAGACAGAUUAACGGUCUUCCAGACCAUCUGAACUGUGCCUUGUAUGUGAAAAACGUUCCCGUCAAGUGUAGCAUGGAGGACCUCUUCAAGAAGGUCACCACCGGUUCAGUCUGGUGCAUCAAUGUCCAAGAAGCAGAUGAGAUGCAUGAAAUGAAGGCUGUCAAACUGGUUUUCAUGACCCCAGAAGGGGCGGCAAAUUUCUUGCGGCAGUCAAGAAGCGACGACGGAGUUUGGGUACGAGGUAAAAGACUCGAGGCUCGAUAUAACCGCCACGGUUACCGAAUGAAUGAGACGAACCAGACCCGGGUCUUAAUCAUCGAAGGACCAACAAAGAUUAUGAAGUUUGAGAAGUGGGAUGCGUACUUCCGGAUCCAGUGCCACCUGGAGUGGGACUGUCACCUAACCCACGAGACAGUUUGUGGGAGAACAACAAUGGAGUUUCGAUUUGCGCGGGUAGAUGGUCAAGCUGAGGCCUGUUUCCAGGCGAUCACCAAGGAUAUCCAGUUCAAAGACGGUUCGGUCAAGGUCUCUUACGGCCCGGAUCCAUGUGAUCCAAUAAACCGUGCAUAG